CCGCUGCUCCUGCCAUCACUGCCUCCAAGAAGAUGGCUGUGCCUCCCACAUAUGCUGAUCUUGGCAAGUCUGCAAGGGAUGUUUUCACCAAGGGCUACGGCUUUGGCUUAAUAAAACUUGAUUUGAAAACGAAGUCCGAGAAUGGAUUGGAAUUUACCAGUUCAGGCUCCGCCAACACAGAGACCACCAAAGUGAAUGGCAGCCUGGAAACCAAGUACAGACGGACCCAGUAUGAGCUGACAUUUACAGAGAAGUGGAACACAGACAACACUCUGGGUACCGUGAGUACCGUGGAAGACCAGCUCACCCAUGGACUGAAGCUGACCUUUGAUUCAUCCUUCUCGCCUAACACUGGGGAAAAAAAUGCUAAAAUCAAAACAGGGUACAAGAGGGAGCAUAUCAACCUGGUCUGUGAUGUAGACUUUGACAUUGCUGGGCCCUCCAUCCGGGGUGCUCUGGUGCUUGGCUAUGAGGGCUGGCUGGCUGGCUACCAGAUGAAUUUUGAGACUUCGAAGUCCCGAGUGACCCAGAGCAACUUGGCAGUUGGGUACAAGACGGAUGAGUUCCAGCUUCUUACUAAUGUGAACGAUAGGACGUUUGGAGGCUCCAUUUACCAAAAGGUAAACAAGAAGUUGGAGACUGCUAUCAAUCUCGCCUGGACAGCAGGAAACAGUAACACUCGCUUUGGAAUAGCAGCCAAGUAUCAGGUCGACCCUGAUGUCUGCUUUUCGGCCAAAGUGAACAACUCUAGCCUGAUCGGUUUAGGGUACACUCAGACCCUAAAGCCAGGUAUCAAACUGACGCUGUCAGCUCUGCUGGAAGGCAAGAACGUCAAUGCGGGUGGCCACAAGCUUGGUCUAGGACUGGAAUUUCAAGCAUAAAUGAAUAUUGUACAAUCAUUAAUUUUAAACUAUUUUGCAGUAUAGCUACCUUCAGAAUUUAGUGUGCCUUUUAAAGUUGUAUGUUGGGGAUGCGAGAAUUAAUAAAUACCACAUUAGAUGUCCAGGCUAAGGAUGACUCGGCUUUAAGGUGUUUUCCAUUUCAGAGGCACA